UGCAAUAAUAAGAAAUCACAUUUAAUAAUUAUAAUGAGUUUAAUAAACACAUACAGAUCCAGAAAUGAGUGAGAGAUACGACAGGGCGAUCACCGUUUUCUCACCUGACGGACGAGUCUUACAGGUGGAAUAUGCCCAAGAAGCAGUACGUAAAGGAUCCACAGUAGUCGGUAUCAGGGGAGAAGACACUCUAGUCCUUGGAGUGGAAAAGAGGACGGUGCAGGAGCUGCAGGUGGAGCGCACGGUGAGGAAGAUCUGUUCGCUGGACGAGCACAUCAUCUUGGCCUUCGCGGGGCUGACAGCGGACGCGAGGAUCAUAGUGAACAGGGCGAGGAUCGAGUGCCAGGCACACAGGCUCACCCUGGAGGACCCGGUGUCUGUCGGCUACAUCUCCAAGUUCGUCGCUGAGCUGAAGCAGAAGUACACGCAGAGCAGUGGGAGGCGGCCGUUCGGCAUAUCCUGCAUCAUCGCUGGCUUCGACCCGGACGGCUCGCCCCACCUCUUCCAGACCGAGCCCUCCGGGGUCUACUACGAGUGGAAGGCCAACGCUACUGGCCGAGGAGAUAAGGCAGUGAAGGAUUUCUUGGAGAAGAAUAAUCUAUUGAAGUUGGACUCGGAAGAUAGCGUGAUAAAGCUGGCGUUGAAAGCGCUGCUGGAGGUUGUACAACCGGACAAGAACAAUUUCGAACUGGUUGUUCUCAAGAAAGGGCAGGGGGUGGUUAAGGUUGAAGAUGAAGUGAUAGGGCGGCAUAUCACACAAAUAUCCAAAGAUAAUGAAGAAGAAAAGAAAAAGGCUAAACUACUUUAGUUCGAAAGUUUUUUACCGUGAAAUUGAACUCAUUGUACAAGUAUUAAAAUAUAUAAAUACAAUCCUUCUCUACAAGCGGUAGUGAGGACGCAAUAAUAGAAACAGGAUUUAAUCCAAGAAUUUAUUACAAUUAAAAACAAAUAAACAUAGUUAUGAAAGUGAAAAAUUG